AUGCAUAGAGCCGUAGUUGCAGCCCUUCUUGUGGUAGUGGCCAUGAGCCUUCAACAGACGGCUUCCGGAGAAACUCUAAAACACUACGAACGUGAGCUGGUUUCGGAGUUGGCGGCGCAGAUCCUGCGCGUGGCGCAGGGACCCUCGGCCUUCGUGGCGGGACCUCACAAGCGCAACUCGGAGCUGAUCAACUCCCUCCUGGGGAUCCCCAAGGUCAUGAACGACGCCGGGAGGAGAUAAACAAUGAAGGGAAAUCUACUGCGUGCUACUGAAGGUUGUG